UAUAAAAUGUGAUUUCAAUGAAUAAAACUCUCAUUUUCGUUCUAAGAGUCAUAAAAUGGGAUUCCACAUGAAAUUAUCAUAAAUCAUCCAUUUUAUGUUCAAAUACUUGAGAAAAAGGGAAUCAAUCAUCAAAGGAUCAAGAUUUGGGCUUGAACGAGCUUCCGGGAGAUCAAAAAUAGUGUUCGGGGCCAAAACGGAGAGAAAACUAACCCUUUGUUGGGAAGGUUUACUUGAGUUUCUUUGUUGUUCUUGAGUUUCUACUUGCCGCACCAGUUUUGGGGGCAAGAUUUUAUGUGUUUGUUUAUGUGUAUGCAGAUGCCUCAUCGUCCUUCUUACCCUACUGUGGACCGUAAUGAGGUCCAACUGAUUGAUGCUGCUUCUAGGACGAGGUUCGAUGAGUGGGGACACUCACGGGUGUUACACGAGUCGGUGUGUCUGGCUCAGGAUACACUGACGGACUAUGGCUAUGCAGAGGAGAUGGAGGAGCUGCUUGAGGGGACCAGAUGGCAGCGCCUUCUUAGGAUGAGGGCAGAGUCUAGCCUACCACUGAACAUCGAGUUCUUAUGCUCGAUAUCUGCUGUCCCGGAGAGUGAGUCACGACAGAUGACUCAUAGUUUGAUCACUGGUGAUACCAUGUUUGCCUUCACUCUUGCGGGCCAGUCGUUUCAAUUGACAGUGAGAGAGAUGGCUAUUCGUCUCGGGAUCUACACCCAGGAGGAGACCGAGCAGCCUGAGUUCUACGACGAUCCCUUUUGUCUUCCCGCAGAUUUUGAUGCUAUAGCUUUCUGGAGGGAGCACUCAUCUGACGACAAGGAGUUCGUGAACAAGAAGAGUAAGGCACGCUACUGGAUUCGGCCCAGCUGGAGGAUCCUAUCUUUUGUUCUUUCGACAUCCUUCUUUGGGAGGUUGUCGAACACUGAUAGGGUCUAUGAGGAAGAUAUGUUUGUCUUCUGGAGCUUGCACGACCGCCAGCCGGUGAACGUGGCUGUGUACCUGGCUAGAUUCUUAUACUCCCAGUCCUACGGGUGUAGAACGCACUUGGUUUUUGGGUUUGUGAUUACUUUGCUCUUUCGCUCCCUCGUGGGGGACGCACCCAUCCCACGGCCUGUGCAGUUGAUGAGGGAUUUAGAUGCCGGCAUGCUCCGGAAUGCUCACAUCCACCGGAGACUCUUUCCUAGCUCUUCCGAGAGCACUACGGCCUCUACUGGCCCACUUCACAUGAGAUUGGAGAGUCAUCCGGUCAGUCAGAGAGAUCGUCUCAGCGCCUUCCUCGUCGACGACCUACUAGAGCACAGUUGGCUCGCGCUCAGACGGAGGUAGCACCGGCAUGGGCCCAGCAGCUCUUACAGAACCAGAACACACUUAUGCAGUCCGUUGCGGCACUCCAGCAGCAGGUGCAUGGUUUAGACAGGAUA